CAGAUUCAAAUAGAUAAGAACCAGUGAUGGAGAACCUUUUCUCUUAGCGUGAUCCAAUAAUUGCGCUCGUGCAAAAACGAAAGUAGCACGUGUCAAAAUAACUACACAUAGCAUAUUUUUGCAACUGCAUUGGGCAUGUAAGCAUGUUAAGAUGUCUGAUGAAGGAGCUCCAGACAAUAAUAUUCAUGAAAAUAAUAGUUUAAUGGAGACACAAUAUGACAGUGACGACUAUGCGGUUAUACAAGACAUUGUUAUUCAUCAACAAACUUCAGAGGAAAAUAUUUAUUCAUAUGUAACAUGUGACGAUGUGCAGAACAACUACAAGAGAACAAAACAAAAUAUGUUCAUGAAAAAAGUGAAAAAUAUCAAAUUUAUUAUUCCUAUGAUAACUUUCAUAGUAGUAUUCAUGACAGUGGCUGGAGUUGCUACACUCUUAUACAUGGUUUUGAAAGUUCCAGCUGCGUCCACAAAUGCCACAAAUGGAGGACAGGUUACUUCUCCUACUGAUAUGAAUAACACGGUUACAGAAAGCACAAUUAUCGCAUUGAUUGACUUUAAACACACUACUCAAAAUACUGAAAUACUAAAAGCUACAACUUCUGAAAAUCAAUUAGAGACAACUGUGAUAACUGAAGUUGCAACUACUGAUGGUUCUACACAAACUGCAAGACCCGUUCAAGGGACAAAAACAUUUCUGUGCAAAACGCAUCCACAUGUGCUACCAAAGUUGUGCAGCAAAUAGUCCUAACAAAGUGAAUAAGAAAGGACUUCUUUUCAGGAACAAGAAUGUUUUGUUUGUAACAUAAAGUUAAUUAUUGAUUUAAA